AUGGAGGGUACCUAUGAUUCCACAGCCAGAAGAAGCUUUGUCCUAGCUGACUAUUUUGUCUUUGCCAUCAUGCUGCUGAUCUCUGUUGUUAUUGGACUGUUCCAAGCUCUGAAGAAGAGUGGUCGACAGGGAAAGGUAGAUGAUUUCUUCACAGGGGGAAGGAAGUUGCCCGCGGUACCAGUUGGUCUGUCGCUCUGUGCCAGCUUCAUGUCAGCUGUGCAGGUGCUGGGUGUGCCAGCAGAAGCCUACCUUUAUGGUAUGAAGUUCCUUUACAUGUGCUUGGGACAGAGUCUCAACACUCUCCUCACUGCCUAUCUGUUUCUCCCAGUGUUUUACCGACUUGGCAUCACCAGCACCAACCAGUAUCUUCAAAUGAGGUUUGGCAGAGGUAUGCAGCUGUUGGGAAGUCUCCAGUUUCUUGUUGCAACGCUGCUUUACACUGGAGUUGUGAUCCUUGCCCCAGCCCUGAUACUGAACCAAGCCACUGGGCUCAACAUGUGGGCAUCUCUGUUCUCAACCGGGAUCAUCUGCACAUUCUACACAACACUGGGUGGUGUGAAGGCCGUGAUCUGGACAGAUGUGUUCCAGAUCAUUGUCAUGUUCUCUGGCUUUGUGGCCAUCUUCAUCCAAGGCACUGUUCUGGUUGGAGGACCAACCAAGGUUCUGGAGAUCGCAAACAAUGGAUCACGCAUUAAUUUUAAUGAUUUUGAUCUGGAUCCCAGGAGGCGCUAUACCUUCUGGACUUUCACGGUGGGGGGCACAAUGUUGUGGCUGUCCAUGUAUGGAAUGAACCAAGCCCAGGUGCAACGUUAUAUUUCCUGCAAGACAGAAAAAGAGGCACAAUGGGCCUUGUUUGUAAACCAAGUGGGCCUAUGCCUGAUUGUGGGCAGUGCUGCUACCUGUGGUAUUGUCAUGUUUGCUCUGUACUCCAGCUGUGACCCUCUCAGGACUGGGACAAUUUCUGCAGCUGAUCAGUACAUGCCCUACUUAGUUUUGGACAUUUUUGAAGACUACCCUGGCUUUCCUGGUUUGUUCCUGGCUUGUGCAUUUAGUGGAACACUAAGCACAGCCUCCACUAGCAUCAAUGCAAUGGCAGCUGUCACCAUGGAAGACCUGCUGAAGCCACAUUUGGUGAACAUGUCUCAGAAAAGGUUAAUUCUCAUCUCCAAAGCACUAUCUCUCGUGUAUGGUGCUGGAUGCAUCACAGUGGCUGCCCUCUCCUCCCUCUUAGACUGGGGUGUUCUUCAGGGCUCCUUUGUGGUCAUGGGGGUAGUCAGUGGCCCACUUCUUGGUGUAUUUCUCUUGGGGAUGUUUCUACCUGCGACCAAUACACCGGGCGUGUUUGCUGGUGUAUCUGUGGGGUUUUGCAUCUCUGUAUGGGUUGCAGUUGGAUCAACAUUGUAUCCUCCCAGCCCUGAAAAAAUGGGAAUUCUGCCCACUAAUGCAGAACAGUGCCAGUCACUUAACACCACCCACAACUACAGCAUGGUCUUGGAUAACUCCUCAGCCUGGCCUGCUGUUCUGGAUCAGCACGGUUUCACUUCUGUGACAGAUUUCUACUCUAUAUCCUACCUCUACUUUGGAGUUCUGGGGACAAGUUCAGCAGUGUUAGUUGGACUUGUGGUCAGCUAUAUGACAGGACCAACUAAGAGGACUACCAUCACCCCAGGACUGCUGUGGUGGGACCUGAAGCCAAAAUCCCCUGUUCCCUCACAGAACACAGAUGUCUUGAUGCACCUCAGUCCCCUAGUAGCGCCCACUGACCCCAUUCCCAGUGGUACAAGAAGAGGUGAUGAAAAAGUGGAGACCCCAAGGACUCAAACUGAAAAAGAUGGAGAACAAUCCCAGCUCUGUGCUUCUUGA